AUGCGCCACAACAGUUACGAACCAAGCAGGAAACGGAACCAGACUGGUGAACAACAAACCAGAGGUUAUGGUAUACAAAUGGUGGCAAUUGAGGAGGAAAAUGAAGACUCUUCGAAUAAUCAAGCAAAUAGCUCAGAGUACAUAUACACAGGUGAAGAGACGGUGCACGAAGAGACAUACGACAGCAGCCUCCAUGAAGAUGAGGCUGACCAAGCACAUGGAGCCCAAUCUCCACAAAAUGGAACAAGUAGCGAAAAUCAAUCUCCGACUAAGCCUCACACAAAGCAAAGAAAUGCACCCAGAAAUGUUCGAGACAAAGCACCACCCUAUGGAAAUGACGCCAGUACAAAUACCCAACACCGACGACCAAAAGAAGAGCACCCAACGAAAGAACGAAAACACAAAAAGGAUCAACAAGAAGAUUGCCGGCAGCAGGGCCAGAAUCAUGCUAAGCAGAGUGCUAGACGAGAUGGGGAGCAGACUGUAUCAAGAGCAACCACUACAAGGGAAGCUUCCAAGGCUGGGGGGAAAUAUAUUGAACCGAUUGCAGCACCAAAAGACAGACCUACACAACAACAACAGCAACAGCAGCAGCAACAACGGAACAAUAGCAAAAAAACUAAUCAUGAAUAUAGCAUGCAGCUUUCCACCGGAAAUGACUUUUUGACCGAAUCAAUUCAAAGGGAAAGAGACACACGGUUUCCACACCCCCAUAGGUACCCACGAGCCAGAGAGAGUAACUCAGAGUAUGCAGCCAUACUGGACGACUACGCUGAACUCUACAAGAUACGGAUAACGAUUCCAGAGGAGCAGGUGGCCAUGCUAUCGAGGGAGUUGAAGACCAUCAAAGGGCAGGUGGUUGACAUUCAAAGUCGGCUGGACGACACGUUUGCCAGCGUUCUCAGAUAUAUGGAAGAAGGCAAGCAAGACGUGAGGCAGUUAGUCUCUAGCAUGCAAGGCAUAAGCAGCAACAUGAGUGCGUUUUAUAAAGACGUGGACACGAGGCUGCGAGACGCCAACGAGCAGAUGUCAACUAAACAGCUAUCACUGAAGGCUGGACCAGAACAACAGCACAACGAUACUGCCAUACUAGAGCUAUUUGAUGCCCACUUGAAGACAACCCUGAAAUCAUGCUUACCUGCCUAUCUUCAAUCUUGUCAGACCUAUCCUCCCCUCGAUGGAAAGGUAAAUACCAAUGAGGCAGGGGGCUAUUGUGAGGCAGUCGACCCCAUGGCUGUCAGUGUAAGACAACUUAGAGCGCCUCUGCCACUGACAGACACUAGCUCAGUGGAAGAGAAAUACAAAAUAUUAGAACAAAAAUACAACCGAGCACUUGUAACAAUAAAGGCUAUGCGCCUUACUGCCGGCCUUGACUGUGUUCCCGUGAGCACGGAGGCUGACUAUUUAGAGUUUCUUAGAGAGCUAGAAAGCAGAGCUGGGCCGAUAAAUAGAGAAUUUUCCAAGGGAAGAUACAUGCUGAAAAUUCGAGGGAUAAAUGACGAUACAGACGCAUACGUAGGUAUCCUUGACGUGACAUCCGACGACAAUAUUUUGUUACGGCACAGACAACUCCCAGACACAUUAUCUUCAGACACCAGCGAGCAACUGAAGAAGGACAUGAUUAUGAGGAUAAACGACAUGUCCUACGUGGUGCACGAGAUAUAUGAGUCACUCUUACCACCACCUAGCACAGACAAUGAAUAA